AUGGAGCAAGUGAAGAUUACCAUGACCUCAAAUUCUAUACAGGAAUUCACUUCAUGAGAAAUCACACACUCCUAACAAUUGUGAAGAUAAUAAAAAGUGUCAGUGAGGAAUAAAUGAGGGCGGUGGUGAAAGAGACGGUUGUGGAUUUAAAUGGAAUUCUGUUUAAUUGCAAUUUAAAAAACUCAUUAUGACACCUGGGCAGAGUAAAACUAAGUUUGAUUAGGGAAGAAUGGAUGAGAAUGGGUAGGGUGAGGAGGGUGGAGCUGAAUUACAUGGCCUUGACUUAGCAUUCCUUGGGUUUUGAACGGGUAUUAAUAUAUUCUACAAAUAUCUAAAGAAAGGAAUGGAAACUAAGUGGAGUGGAACAGCCAACAGCUGAAUCCUCCCAAACCCCAGGAUGCGCCUCCUUGUGGCCGGAAGCGGCACUCUAGCUAAACUUCCCGCUGCGCGCCUCGAUGGUAAGGCGGUCGUCCUGUUGGAAACUGGGCGCCGCCAUGUUGGAAACCCCGAGCAACAGCGGCGCGCCGAGCCAUGGCGGCGCCCGAGUUGCUAGAGGUGCGGCCGGGCCUCUACCUAGGCGGGGCGGCUGCCAACGAGCGGAGCCGGCUAAGAGAGGCAGGCGUCACGGCCGUGUUGACGGUGGACACCGAGGAACCGGCUGGCGACACUGAGGGCCUACAGACUCUGUUUAUAUCGGCGCGGGACGAACCCGAGACGGACCUGCUCAGUCAGUUGGACCGCUGCGUCGCCUUCAUCGGCCGGGCGCGCGCCGCCGGCGCCGCCGUGCUCGUGCACUGCCAUGCAGGUAUCAGUCGAAGUGUUGCUGUCAUGACUGCUUACUUAAUGAAGACUGAGCAGCUUUCUUUUGAAGAUGCCUAUGGCAGCCUGCAGACCAUCAAGCCAGAGGCUAAAAUGAACGAGGGCUUUGAGUGGCAGCUAAAGCUUUAUCAAACAAUGGGUUGUGAAGUGGACACCUCCAGUGCAAUUUAUAAGCAGUAUCGUUUACAGAAAGUUACUGAGAAAUAUCCUGAAUUACAGAAUUUGCCACAGGAAGUUUUUGCUGUUGAUCCAACUCUUAUUUCCCAAGAUUUGAAAAAUGAGACCCUCUACAAAUGUAGGAAGUGCAGGCGUUCCUUAUUUCGAAGUUCUAGUAUUUUGGAUCAUAGUGAAGGAAGUGGACCAGCAGCCUUUGCUCAUAAGAAAAUGACACCUUUAAUAAUUAACACAGGGAAUGAGGCUAAAUGUACUUCUUAUUUCAUUGAACCUGUUCAGUGGAUGGAAUCUGCACUGUUGGGUGUGAUGGAUGGACCGCUCCUUUGCCCAAAAUGCAAUGCCAAGUUGGGUUCUUUCAACUGGUAUGGUGAGCAGUGUUCCUGUGGUCGAUGGAUGACCCCUGCUUUUCAGAUACAUAAGAAUAGAGUGGAUGAAAUGAAAACAUUGUCCCUUCUUGGAUCACAAGCAAGAAAAACAUAAACUUUUAAAAAAACUGAUUUCAAUGAUUGACUUGAAAAGAAACUUCCUUACGUCUGAUGCCUUUGUUCAUUACUAUUUGUCACAAAUUUUUGAAUUUGUAGGCAGCCAUGAUGUUAGAUUAUCUUUUCACUGGAACUGGCAUAAGAACAUACAUUUCCUUUUUUUUCUUUUCUUUUUUUUGUUCUGUCUGGGUGCUUUUUUUUUUUUUUUUAAUUACAGAACAUAUGCAUGGGUAAUUUUUCCAACAUUGUCCCUUGCACUCACUUCUGUCCCAACUUUUCUCUUCCCUUCCUCUACUCCCUUCCCUAGAUGGCAAGCAGUCUUAUACAUGUUAAACAUGUUAAAGUGUAUCCUAGAUACGAUAUAUGUGUGCAGAUCUAUAUAGUUUUCUUGUUGUACAAGAAAAAUUGGAUUCAGAAAGUAAAAAUAACCUGGGAAGAAAAACAAAUAUGCAAGUAGUCCACAUUCAUUUCCCAGUGUUCUUUCUCUGGGUGUAGCUAAUUCUGUCCAUAAUUGAUCAAUUGGAACUGAAUUAUAUCUUCUCUUUGUCGAAGAAAUCCACUUCCAUCAGAAUACAUUCUCAUACAGUAUUGUUGAAGCAUCUGUUCAUGUAAGUUUCUCUAAUCCUCUCUAUAUUCAUCCUACUGAUUGUUUCUUACAGAACAAUAAUAUUCCAUAACAUUCAUAAAACACAAUUUACCCAACUAUUCUCUAAAUGAUGGACAUCCAUUCAUUUUCCAGUUUCUAGCUAGUACAAAGAGGGCUGCCACAAACAUUCUUGCACAUACAGGUUCCUUUCCCUUCUUUAAUAUCUCUUUGGGAUAUAAGCCCAAUAGUAACACUGCUGGAUCAAAGGGUAUGAAAAGUUUCAUAACUUUUUGAGUAUAAUUCCAAAUUGCUCUCCAGAAUGGCUGGAUCCAUUCACAACUCCACCAAUAAUGCAUCAGUGCCCCAGUUUUCCCGCAUCCCCUCCAACAUUCGUCACUAUCUUUUCCUGUCAUCUUAGCCAAUCUGAUAGGUGUGUAAUGGUAUCUCAGAGCUGUCUUAAUUUGCAUUUCUCUGAUCAAUAGUGAUUUGGAAACUCUUUUCAUAUGAGUAGAAAUAGUUUCAAUUUCAUCAUCUAAAAAUUAUCUGAAGAACAUACAUUUCUUCGUGUGGUCAGCCUCCUCAUAUUCUCUUUCUUGGUCAUAGAUGCAAAAUGUGCCAAAUGUAUCUAAGAAGAAUAAAUUAAGUGGGAACCAACAUAAUUUUAACUAUGUAAAGCAUGUGUGUGCAUUAGAACAUGUAUUUGUGUGCAUGUAUGUGCAUGUGUAAAAACUUCUAUAUUGCCCAAAUAUUUUGGUAUUGGUAUGUGGUUUUAAAAAUGAGGCUUCAUUUGUAAAAUUUGUAAAAAAAAUAAGUCACUUGACUUGUGAUCUGAUGACUGAAUUGACAGAAUCCACCUACUAAGUAACAGAGAGAGAAGUCAUUGGUCGAAGAGAUUAGGCAUAUAGCACAUGGAAACAAUAGAACACAAUGUCAUGAUGAUUGAAUAACUCAAAGAUAGUAGUUACUAGGAGGGACUCAUUUGGCAAAAACUGCUAGGAAAACUGAAAAGCAAUCUAGCAGAAAUUAAUUUUAGACCAAUCUCAUACCAUAUUCCAAAAUAAAGUCAAAAUAGAUACAUUAUUGAUAUCAUGAAUGAAUUAAAGGAGCAAAAUUACUUUUUAGAUCUACCAAUUGAUAGGAAAAGAGUUUAUGACCUAAUAAGGGAUAGAGAGAACCAUAGAAAAUAACAUGGAUGAUUUCAGUUAUGUGAAAUUUAAAAUUUUUGCACAAACAAAACCAGUGUAAUUAAAAUUAGGAAGUAAAUAAUUGAGAAAAAAAAUCUUUGCAACAAGUUUUUGGGAUAAAAGUUAUCUAAUAUAUGCAUCAUUGUUAUGGUUCAAUCAUUCAUUUAUGACUGACUCUGUCAGUCACAUGACCCCAUGGAUUAUAACAAACCUGGCCCAUCUAUCUUCCAUUAUCUUCAAAAGUCUUUCCAAGCUUAUGUUCACUACUUUCAUGAUACUGUCUACCCAUCUCAUUCUCCACCAUCCCCUUUUCCUUUUACCUUCAGUAUUCACCUACAUGUGUUUUCUCAUCAUGUGGCCAAAGCUUCAGCUUUAUCAUUUGAACUUCUGGUGAAUAAUAGAAUUUCCAUAAGUAUUGACUUAUUUGAUCUCCUUGCUGUUAAAAAAGACUCUCAGAAGUGUUCUCUAGUACCACAAUUCAAAUGUGUUGAUUCUGCAACACUCAGCUUUCCUUACAAUCCAACUCUCAUAGCCGUAUAUUGCUACUCAAAAAACCUCAUGAAAGUUCUUUUUAAUACACUGUCCAGAUUUGCUGUAGCUUUCUUCCUAAGGAGAAAGAAUCUUUUAAUUUCAUGGCUUCAGUCACUAUCUGCAUUGAUCUUUGAGCCCAAGAAUAGAAAAUCUGACACUACUUCCACUUCUACCUUUUCUUUCCUCUGAAUGGAAGUGAUGGACAAAUGCUAAAAGGUUAUUUUUUUUACACUUUCCUCUUUUAUCCUCAUCAAGAGGCUUCUUAAUUUUUCUUCAUUUUCUCCCAUCAGAGUGGUAUCAUCUGCAUAUCUGAAAUUUGUUAAGUGUCUAAAAACACAUUUGAACUCAGAUCGUCUUGACUUCAAGACUAGAGCUCUAUCUACUGCACUACCUACCUGUUCAUAUACAAGGUAUAUUUAAAUUUAUUAAAUUAAGAGCCAUUCCCUUAUGCUCAAGGAUUAUUAACAUAAAGUUUUCAAAGGAAGAUAUCUAACUUAUCAACAUUUCUACCUAAAAAUCCUCCAAAUCAAUAAUUAGAGAAAUACAAAUGAAAGCAAUUCUGAUGUUCCACCUUAUGCUUAUCUGAUUGGCAGAAAUAUCAAAAAAGAAAAAUUAUAAAUCUUGAGGGGUUGUAGAAAAAAAAAGGCAUACUCAUGCAAUGUUGUCUAGCCAUUCUGCAAAUAUUACUAAAUUGUGCCUACCCCUAUACUCAGUGUUACUACUACUAGGAAUAAUGUCCUAAAGAAACCAAAGAAAGAAGAAAAUAACCCACAUGUAUUUAUAGUAACUGUGGAAAACUGGAAAGUAAAGGAGUGUCCACCUAUUGGGGAAUGAUUAAAUCUAUUAUGAUAUGUGAACCUAAUGGAAUAUUAUCGCACCUUAAGCAAUGCCAAAUUGAUAAUUUCAGAGAAUCUUUAUGAACUAAUGCAAAAUGAGAUGGGCACAACUAGGAGAACAAUUCAUACAAUAACAGCAUUUGAUAAUUUUGCCUUUUAAUUCUUAACAAUGGCAAUGGCAAACCCUGACUUUACAGGACUAAUAACAAAUAAUGCUAUACAUCCCAUCUUCUUCCAGAAAGAUGUUGGACUUAAAAUGCAGAGUGAAAUAGACAUUUCUGGAUAUAAAUUUAAUUCACUAUGCAUAUUUGAUGUGAGGAUUUUACUUUUCUUUUUGUAUUGAUAGGGGAUGGAAGAAAUAGGAAAGAGAAAAUAAAUGUUUAUUAAUUUAAAAAAUAGAUAGAAGGAAGUAAAAAACUGAAUUUUUCAAGACUAAAAUCUUUUUUUAAAAAAGGAAAAGUAGGAAGAGACCAAAUUGUGAAGAACAUUUGUUUCUCAUUAAAUAUUUUUAUUUUCCCCAGUUACAUGUAAAACAAUUUUAAAUAUGUUUUUAAAACUUUGAGUUCCAGAUUUUUUCCCUUCCUUCCUAUCUCUGCCCCACAUUGAGAAGGCACAUGUGAAGUUAUUCAAAACAUUUUCAUAAAAGUCAUGUUGUGAAAGAAAACAAAUCUCCCUCAAAAAAAAAUAACUCACACAAAAACAUUUUUAAGUCUGUAUUCAGACUCAAUGUAUUCUUCUUUCUCUGGGUAUGGAUAGCAUUUUUCAUCAUAAGUCUUUCACAAUAGUUUUGGAUUAUUGUAAUGCUGAGAAUCACUAAAUCCUUCACAGUUGAUCAUUCCACAACUUUGUUAUUACUGUGUACAUAAUACAUUUCACUUUGAAUUAAUGGAGGACUUUCUAAGUUUUUCUAAAGGCAUACUGCUCAUCAUUUUACAUAGAACAAUAAUAUUCCAUUAUAAUAUCACAGUCACAUGCUACAGUUUUAUUUAGCUAUUUCCCAAUUGAUGAGAAUCCCCUCAAUUUCUAGUUCUUUGCCCUGAGAAAAGAGCUGCUAUAAACAUUUUUGUAGAUAUAGGUCCUUUUCCUUUUUUUUUUUUUUUCCCUUUCUUGCCUAAUAGUGGUAUUGUUAGGUCAAAGGACAAAGUUCAUGUCUUUUGAUCAUUUGUCAAUUGGAGAAUGGCUCUUAUUUUUUUUUAAUAAAUUUGACUCAGUUUCCUAUAUAAUUAAGAAAUGAGGCUUUUAAUUGAGAAACUUGCUUCAAAAUUCUUUAUGUAAAGAACUUUUAAAAAUCAAACAAGAUUUUUUCUUUAAUCUUAGAGAUAAUAGAAAGUCACUGGAGUUCACUGAAUAAGAGAGUGAAAUGGUCAGACUACUUUGGUAAGCAGGAUGGAAGAUGCCUUGGGGGUUGGAGUUGUAACAGGUAUCCAACAAGAUUAUUAUAAUGGCUAAUUGUGUCAUUUUCUCCUUCAUACUCACUUGUCCUUUUCCUUCUCUUUACUCCAAUCUGACUCUUUUUCUAUAAGAUGAUUGUAGUGAUUUGCCUCAAGGAUCUCCCUUUAGACCUUAUGGUAUUCAACUUAAAAAAAUAAAUAACUUGAAUAAAUACAAA